UCUUAUGCUAUAUCAGCCUCUUGCUUGUCAGACUAGUCGCGUUUGCAUCAUCGGUCUCUGCUAACGUUAGCGAGAAAAUGUUAUUUAAAACCCUCAAAUGCAUUGUGCUGUACGUGAUUUUGCUGCCACUGGUAAGGCACAUAAAUUAAUGCAAUUCGUGUAAUUCAGUAUUAUAACGAUAUUUAUUUAUUUAUGUUGAUGGUGCUAGAAAAUCCCUCGUUGAACGUUCAAGUUUUAUUUUCAUUUUUUGCAAAAACAGGAUUUGCAUGGUUUAUAGGCAAGAAAGACAGCGCUAGCUUCGCUAAUAUAGGCUAACUAAGGGUAUGGUGAGUCUAGCUAUAUGCUUGCUGUUAGCCUGAAUGUCAUGUUUACGGCCAUCUGAAUUUAGCACUGGCGAGAUCCAUUUGCAUUGUAGCUUGCUGGAUGAAAUUUUCUUAUUAAUUUAUAAUUAGGCCUACUGCUUUUCACUGGAUGACUGGUUCUUAACAUAAGGCUCAGUCUGCCUUUUGCACUGCUCUUGCUCGAUUGCUAACGUAAGGCAUUUCGCUCAGCCGAUGUUUUCCAUGAUUGGCACUGAUGAGGGAACGAUGCUCAUCGGUUGCUGGGGAGAAUUUUAGCUCGAGCUAACGUUAGCGAUCUUGCUUGGUGAUGCUGCUAUUUUCUGCACCGGCCACUGCAAUAAUAAAAUGGAAGUGCAUUUCGUGGCGUACCCUACGAUAUAAGAACAUAUGUUUCACUCGGACUAUGGGGACUCCUGCUCCCACGUCAUCGCCUCCUUCCCAGAGUUCCGUAACUCAGGUCCCGGUGUCAACUGUCUGAACUAAACCCCCCCCAGCACAGACCACUUGCAGUCCUGCCCUCACCAGCCCUUACUGCAGAGAGAAUGGACAGCCCCCCCAAGCUUUCGGGGGAGACCCUGAUUGUGCAUCACAUCCCCCUGGUGCACUGCCAGGUCCCGGGCCGGCAGUGCUGCGGGUCCUCCAAGCACGCCACGCCCUUCUGCACCCCGGACAACCUGGGCCUGACGCGGACCACCUCGCUGCCCGAGCGGGACGUGGUGUCCCGGGAGGCGCUGGUGUACAGCAGCCUGAUCCAGACCUCCAGCAGCAGCUGCUCCAGCGGGAGCGGGGGCGGGGGCGAGGGCGGAGGGAUGGAGGGCGCGGGCCGCCGGGGUGGCAGCUUGGUCAGCGACUCCUCCUCCUUCACCUCCAACAACUCGGAGGACCCGCCCCUCCUGCCCCUGGGUCCCAAGGGCCGGGACAAGGGCAACCCGCUCCGGCACAACCCCUUCCUCCUCAACGCCGAGGAGGACGACGAGGAGUACGACGAGGACGACGAAGGAGACAACCUGAACGGCUACCUGGAGGACUCCUCCUUCCACCUCCACGGCAAUUCCAACGGCGCCAUGGACAACGGGUCGGGGGUGUCACCCUUUCACCUGCACGAUGUGGGGUUCCCCCCCGAAGCCUUCCUGAUGAGCGGCCGCCGGUCCUGGAGUGCCUUUGGGGGCCUGGCGGGGGGGCCGGAGGCUGCCCUGGAGGGGGCCCGAAUCGGAGCCCUAAAAGCCGCCACCAGGCUGGAAGGCCUGAACCUGCUGGGGCUCGAACGCCAGUGUCGCCAUGGCAGCAGCGGCUCCACCCUGUCCAUGGACUGCGGGGAGCAGGAGUGGGGCGAGGAGGAGGAGGACGAGGAGGAAGACGAAGAGGAGGAGGAUGACGAGGUCCCCCCCAGGGGCAGCCAGCGCGGCCAGACGUGCAGCUGCGGCUCCAGCUGCGACUUUGCCCCGCCCUCCUCCUCCCGCCGCCGCUGCUGCUGCUGCAGCCUUCCCGAGCCUUUUCCGGAAGCUUUCCCCGAGGGCCCGACGGGCUACGGCAGCGACUCCUCCUGCAACAGCUCCGACGGCGUGCUGGUCAACUUCAGCGCCAUCUACAACAAGAUGAACAACGCCGUGCCCGCCAAGCCGCCCAACCUCAACAGCUCCGCCGAGCAGUCCUGCAAUUCCUCCUCCCCCGAGCCGGGGGGCGCCUUCUACCUGGACCUUCACGUCUCGCCGACCGACCUCCGGGCCGUCGCCGGGGCCUCUCCCCGGGAGGGCGGCCCCUGCCCCUCCUCCUGCGCCUGCCAGACCCCCGAGGCCCUGGACGCCAACUGCAACUCGUACCACGUGCCCUGCGAGGCGGCGGAGCUGGCCGCCUGCGUGCAGAGCCAGGCCCGGCUGGCCGCCGCCACGCAGAACUACUACAAGCUGGUGACCUGCGACCUCUCGUCCCAGUCCUCGCCCAGCCCCCCCGGCUCCUCCAUCGGCAGCUGCUCCGAGGAGCAGGACCGGGGGGGCAGCCCCACCCAGGCCACCGAGUACUACCUCUUCAGGCAGCCCCAGGAGCAGGAGGGCGAGGAGGCCAUCCAAGAGGACCUGUCCCAGGACCAGGAGGAUGAUGAGGGGACACAGAGAGGAGGCUCGGACCCCUCCCAGAACAGGAUCGAGGGGCAGCUGUACGUCAACGUGUCGCCGCCGCCGCCGCCGAGCGGCAGGGAUGGGCGGGAUGUGGGCGGGGCCACGGGCCGCCCCCGCUCCCGCAGCUACGACCGCACCCUGGACCGCCCCCCUUCCCCCUCCGCGGGCUCCCUGGAGCGGAUGCUGAGCUGCCCCGUCCACCUCAGCCUCGGCUCCGCCCACUCCCCGCCCCCGACGCCGCCCCGCGUCACCUCCUUCGCCGAGAUCGCCCGGAGCAAGAGGCGGAACGGGGGAGGCGGCUCCCCCUCCCUGAGGGCCAGCGCGGAGGCCACGCCCGCCUCCUCCCACGAGCACAGCCCCGCCCCUGAGCUGCCCCACCUGAGGGAGAGCCACAGCCUGCCCCCCAUGCCCCUCUGCUGCGGCCAGGACGGGGGCGCGCGGGAAUCCGCGGGACGGGAGCUGCGCACCAGAGCUGAAGGCGGCUCUUGUUCCUCGGGGGAUGUGGUGCGGUACAGUAAGGACCAGCGGCCCACCACCCUGCCCAUCCAGCCCUUCACCCUGCAGCACCAGGUGGGCAAGGCCCAGAGCAAGCCGCUCCGGCCCCUGCUCAGCGAGUACGUCAGCCAGAUGUACAGCCGUCCCACGGGCCAGCCCGCCCCCGACUCGGCCCGCCCCUCCCCGCUGGGCAGCUACUCCCCCGUCUGCCUGCAGGGGGCGGCCAGCUCGGGCACCUGCUCCACCUGCACCCCGCCCAGCCCCGAACCGGGCCGCGGCAGGCCCCAGCCCCCCCGCAGCCUCUCCUGCCCCCUGCAGGCCAGCCUUCUCCCUGCGCGGGCCUCGCCCAGCCCCGCCCCUGGGCCCGCCCCCGCCCUAGAGCCCCGCCCCAAGCAGGUCCGCCCGCCUCACACCCCGCCCCCAGCCCCCCUGAAGAAGGAGCUGCCGCCCCCGGCCGUGCUCCCGCCCAUUUCCGCCCACUGCCUGCACCACAAGCCGCUGCCCAGCCUGCUGGCCCCGCCCACCGCCACCUUCAGCCCCCUGGUGCAGCUGGAGCCAGCCGCCGCGCCCAGCUGUACUGGACUCCGGGCCCUCAAUGCGCACCACCUCUCUCCUCAGGCCCUGAAAUGGCGGGAGUACCGUCGGCGGAACCCGCUGGGCGUGGAGAAGACCCCGCUGGGCGCUGAGAGGACCCCACUGGGCGUGGAGAGGACCCCGCUCUCUGGCAGUCUGGACACCAGGAGGAGCGCCGAAAGCAGGCUCUCCCGCCGCAAUGUGUUCGACUUCCCAGCAGCCACCAGUCACGCUCACGCCCGGCCAAAUGUCUCGAGUGGGAAGGCCGGGCAGCAUUACUACAGCGACUUCUUCCCCGACCACUUCUCCCUGACCGAAAAGCCGCCGGAGGAGUUCUGCCUCUCCCCUGACGCCACCUCGGAGUCCAUCUCCAUCAACCUGGCACAGAAGAGAGGUCUGGUGAAAGCCAUCAACACUUCGGUGGACCUGAUCGUGGCUCAUUUUGGCACCAGCCGGGACACUGGCGUGAAGGCUAAACUAGGCAACAGCUCCAUCAGUCCCAACGUGGGGCACCUUAUCCUGAAGUACCUGUGCCCCGCCAUCCGGGACGUCCUGCAGGAUGGCCUGCGGCCCUAUGUGCUGGACCUGAUAAUCGGGCAGCGCCGGAACCAGCCCUGGAGCGUGGUGGAGGCCUCUACGCAGCUGGGCCCGUCCACACGUGUGCUCCACAGCCUCUUCUGCAAGGUGAGCCAGUAUUCGGAGCUCACCAGCCACAGCAUGAGGCUGAACGCCUUCAUCUUCGGCCUGCUGAACUUACGGUCCUUAGAGUUCUGGUUCAAUCACCUGAACACUCAUGAAGACAUCAUAGCGGCUCACUACCAGCCCUGGGGCUUCCUGUCUCUGUCCCAGGGGGCCUGCCAGCCACUCCUGGAGGAGCUGCUCCUGCUCCUGCAGCCCCUGUCCCUGCUGCCCUUCGACCUGGACCUGCUGUUCGAGCCCCACCUCCUGCAGGAGGGCCAGGAGCACCUGCGCCGCAAGGAGCAGCUCUGCUCCGCCGGCCAGGGCCUGGAACAUUCCAUACGCUCCACUUUCCAGCUGAUGAGAGGUUGGGGCGUGGCGGGGGCGGAGCCCAGAAGAGACGGAGCGGAGUCUAGGGCAGAGGGGGCAGGGUCAGAGAGGGAGAAAACAGAACCGAGGAGAGAGGGGACGUGGCCUAGGGUGGGAGGGGCGGAGCCUAAGAUGGAGGGGGCGGACUCUAAGAGAGGCAGAGCGGAAGCGAGGCAAGAAGGGACGUGGUCUAGGAUGGGAGGGGCGGAGCCUAAGAUGGAGGGGGCAGGGCCUAAGAGAGAGAAAGCAGAAUCGAGGCAAAAGGGGCUGUGCCCUAGGAGGGAAGAGGCGGGGCCCAGGAGAGACGGGAUGGAUGAGCAGAUGGGAAAUUUGGGGCUGAGGAAAGCGAGGGCGGGGCUGAAGAGGGCUGAGCCACAGAGGGAGGGCAACAGUAGGUCGACAGAGAUGGAACUCUGGAGAGACUGUGGGGGGAGCAGGAGCACACCAAGGGUGAAGGGGGUAGGGGAAGAGUCUGGGCAGGAGCAGGAGGAGACUGAGAGGAGGAGGGAGAGGGGCGUUUUCAGGGACGGCCUCAGGCGGAGGGACAGGCAGGCCGGAUGGUGGUACCAGCUCAUGCAGAGCUCCCAGGUGUACAUAGACGCCUCCACCGAGGGGUCAAAGUUCGUCAAGUGGGAGAAGAGGAAGAGGCCGACGGGCGAGUCGCCCGGAGCCGGCCGCCGACCGACCCGGCCUCCGCCGAGGGAGGGCGUGGUGGAGGGGGCGGAGGCCGGCCAGGAGGGGGAGGGGCCGAAGACGGUGGGGGCGACAGGGCCCAGGAGCGGCGCCCGAGGGAAGCCCAAGCCCUCGUGGAUGGGCAGCCCGCCUGAGUCAGUGCUCAGCGAGCUGAAGAGGAGCAGAGAGAAGGAGGCGGAGACGACGGAGGGAGAGCCAGCGGAGGCGCGGGGGGAGCCCACGCAGAGCAUACGCUGGGGCAGGCUGUUUGGAGCCGGAGUGGGCCCCUCCACCCGGUCCCAGGCCAGACUACCAUCAGGUUGGCUGAGUUUGGACAGAUCGGUGCUGGACUUCGUGGCUCAAACGGUGGGGGCGGGGAGACAUCCGUUCCUGACCCCGCCCUCUCAGAGCCAGGCUCCACCCCCAGCAGAGCAACCGCAAGCACACGCCACCCAGCAACAAGUGCCAAGGGAGGUGCGGGCUCUAUGCCACCACAUUGCCACCCAUCCUGGGCAUUUAAGCUUCAGCAGGGGGGACGUCCUGCAGGUGCUGAGCCGCGCCCAGCCGGACUGGCUCCUUUGUGCCAGGGGGGGCGCUGAGGGCCUGGUGCCCGUCGUCUACGUCACCCUCAGUGAGGAGCCCCCGGCACCUCCGGGGCCACACUGAUCCUGGAACAUCGGCUACAAGAAACCGCCGAGACUUAACACGCCCUGUAGGUAGCUGGUGCCCUCAAGCACUGACCCCAGGUCAGUUAUGGAUUUUUGCACAGAAUCUGUGGGGGUUGUGAUUAGGGAUGUGGGCAGUUGACCCUGGAUCAGGAGUUGAGGACACAGUCUACUCGGAAUGAAAACACGCCCACGCACACACACACACACACACACACACGCACACGCACACGCACGCACACACACACACACACACAAACACACACGUCAUUCACACUGGCACAGGGCACAAAAACACAACUUUAUAACAUACUCUGACUAAAGCUGGUCAUGAAUUGGAAGCUAUCCAACUUGGUCAUCUAUCUGUCUGUGUUACUGCUGGCACAUUGCAGACAGCCUCUGAGAAUCAGAAGGCUGAACGCGGAUACAGAUUAAUGAUGCACUGAAAGGCCUGUAAGGCCGUUCGAAGGAGCCAUAAAAAUCUGACCUCUUGGUGUCAGUGGAACUGAACAUUCAGUGCAAAACCUUUUUCCAAGAAAGCACAAGCAAAGCAGGUUUGCUAUUUAUUUAUUUAUUUUUUUUGGACGAUGGCUAAGCAGAUGAGGAAUGGUAGAGUUAAAAAAAAAAGUGUAAUUCUUCUCCUUCUCUUUGCAAUUAAUAUGAAUUGGCUUUUGAGAUACCAUUUUACAUUCAAGAAUUAAUUUCAAAGCUCAGUACAAUAUCCCUUCAAGCUCGUUAGAGUGGUUAUUCUAGAAAUUUCUAUUUGAUAAACCAAAGUUACUUUGCUGGACCCUCCAGAGUAUUUUACAUGAGUUUCAAGAAUUUUUCAGUUCCACAGUAAUGCUGACUCUUCAUGUAAUGGUAUCAGAAAGGAAUGGAAGUGAACGUGGGAAACAGACAUGCUCUGAGUUCACUGCUGAUGGGGUAUACACCAGGGGAAACCGUUUUACCUUUGAACCAACAGUUCUGUGCUCUUUGAAUGGACCAACCAGACUCUCUUCACAAACGCUUAUACCCCCCCAUGCCCACCCCCACCCAAACGCACCACAGUAAAAUGGUACACCAAAGGGUUUUUGGUACACCACGGGUUUGGAGCAAAGCCCGUACCUACCCGUUCACGAAAAAGAUCCCACAAGAGGCCGACUUUUCAGGAGAUGUCCCAAAUUACCAGAGUGCUGAAGUCCCAAAUUACCAGAGUGUUUUCAGGAGCGUCCAUGAACAACAGAGCAGAUCCUCUGAAUAGGCUGGCUUUCAGACAGCCCUCCCUCUACCCACUUUGCCUCCGUAGGAACAGAGAGACUGCAGUCAAACGAGGAAAGGGUGGUGGUGCUGGGCGGGUCACCUGCAUGUAUCCCACAAAGAACACUCCGCCCCCCCCCUUCCUCCCACACCCCACCCAAACCCUGAACCCCAAGCCCGAUUUUAUCCCGAAGACUCUGUGGUGGAGCUGGCGGUAUGAACAGGGAAUCUAAUUCCCUUCCACCAAAAACAGCAAGCAAGCUAUAUGAUAACCUGUGUGGAUACACGAACAAUGUAUGUGUUGCAAUACUUUAAUUUAUUGUCUAACGCUGUUAUUUAUUCUGUGGUAGUGAGUCUAGACGCAUAGCAAAGCACAGUGCUGUAUUUAAGAAUGUGAAACGAAAGCGAAAGGGCAGUUGGGUCUGUCUGUAGAACUGUGUGAGAGAGAGGGCCAGAAUCAUCGAUUGGCAUGUUGUAAACACAACCCGUGUUUUGGUCUCCUGGGGGCGCUUGGUAUUUUUGGAGUUGUUGCGCCCCUUAGUGGAGGUGGAGAGAAGUUGAAAAAAGGGAUGAGGGGCCAGGUUCCAAAGAAUCUCAGAUGCCAAAAGCCUAACUACACAUUUUGAAUUGGACCUCAGCCUUAAAAUCGAACUUGCUCAAAUUAAAAGUGGCAUCUUUAUGGCCUAUAACACAAGUCAUUGGUUAGAAAAGUUACAUGGUUAUGAAAAAUGAUUCUGUUGAAAUGAGCAAUUGUUUUGACUGUAAGUCAAAUAGUAUAAUGUGCAUUAUCCUUCUCUGUAAACUGCAGUGUACAACAGUAGAAUCGCAUAUGCUCUGAUGUACCAUUGAUUUUUCAGAUGGGUAAACUGAGCUUUAAUUUUUCAAAUGAGUUAACAGUAAAUUUGUCUACUUUUAAUCUUGAUUAUUUAUGUAGCACCUUUAUUUGUAACACACUGUACUACAAUCCGUUGUGCAAUUAUAUAUGUAUCUCUCUUUUAAUAUGUAAAAACAAUUAUUUCAUAUUUAUUUCAGUAUUGUAAAUAUUUUGUUCAUUGAAUAUCAACGAUAAAGGUUUUCCAGUAGGCAUGUGUUUCCUUGCAUAGUUUCUAACCACAAUGGACAAAAAUGUAGUUGAUAUUAUCCAGAACAGCAUAUACAGAGUUAGGAUUGGCAAAUCAGUGUUGUCAUCUUGUCAUCUGGAAUGAAGAGUGUGGGAAGAAUGUGGAUUGAUUUUUGUGGGAAGAGUGGAACCAUUUCAAAGACUGUAAGAGCUGUAUGUGAUCAGGAUUUUACGACGUUCUCAAAGUCCUAAAGGCUGAAUUCCCCAUCAGUCUUCCGGACAGUUUUCUUAUCGGUUCCACCCUUAGCAGAAAUGACAGGCAGUAUUACGUCUAGCAGCAGAACAGGACUAGUCAAGUAGUGGACAAAACUGAGUGAUGGUGCCUUUUUGUGAGGACAGAGGGAAUAAGGCGAGAACUGCCUUGAACUGCUCGCAUAUUGAUUGGUUCCUUAAAUUGCUUGAUGUUUGAGCCUUGGAAUAAACCCACCUGUCUACAGGGGAAUGGCAGAGGAACCGGUGAUACCUUCAGUUUAUGUUUUAAAUAAACCUGUUUUUCCAUUUGUAUUGAACUGUUACUUCCGCUUGUACAUUCUGCAAAUGCCACUAAUGUCUUUUUUUCCUUCAUGCUAUAAAAUGUGUAUGACAUUAUCAAGGUACAGUAAUAUGGAUAUUAAAAUCAAAGUGCUCAUGUGAACACAACCUAAACAA